AUCAUGAAGAGGAGGUUAUUAACCUUAGUGUUUCUAUUGAUACUCAUAUUUGGAGUAGCACUAGCGGUCAUCCUCACAGUUGUACUAACAUCGAAAGGAAACAAAAGCGAAGCAGAAAACAUAUUUUUUUUUGCGUUCUACGUGGGAAAUGACGGAUCUCCUCAAAGAACUUUGCGACAGACUCGCAACGAUAUCCCGCCUCAGUGUGCUCUUAACAUGGACAUCGACAACACCCGAGACACCAUUACUGCCCUGGGAGCAGCUGAUUGGCAGUAUAGCUACAUCUUAUAUGCGGAUACGUCUCGCACCAUAGGUCCGUUCAAAGCGCUGGAUGCUCUUACAAAUCUGAAUCUGGUUGUGGAAGAUCGUAACAACUAUGGAUUAAGUCAAUCAUCGUGA